GUACCACUGCCACACCUGCAAGAUGGUGGAUGGUGUGGGUGUCUGCACUGUGUGUGCCAAGGUCUGCCACAAAGACCAUGACCUGACCUAUGCCAAGUUUGGGUCAUUCUUCUGUGAUUGUGGAGCUAAGGAGGAUGGCAGUUGCAAGGCACUCAUCAAAAGAACAACUCAAGGCGGAUUGGACAGCGGGGCAGCCCCAUUAUCUCAGUCUCCAUUUGCACUGGAGAGUCUACAGCACCACAGCUCCUUGAGACGACGUUUGUCCCCCUCCCCAGACACAGAAGCAAAGCCAUCGGAGGGAUUGAAGUCUCUGGAGCAUAUCAGCAAGGCCAGAGAGGCACUUUAUCAGCAGAUACAGGAAUACAAAGACAAGCUUCUCGAAAGUUUGAAAACAUCAGACACAGUCAGCAGUAUCCUGCACAUUCUGGAUGAAAUUAUACCUGUGCUGACGCAGAGGUACCAGGUGGCUUCUCUUGCAGGCAGCAGCAUGAAUGCACAGCGGGCUCUGAUGGAUUUGCAUAAUCUACCAAAAGAAGUGGAGUGUACUUCAGAUCAGCUCAUGACAGUGACAUUAGGCUCGCAGGAAGGAGCCUUUGAGAACGUCCGCAUGAAUUACAGUGGGGAUCAAGGCCAGGCCAUUAGACAGUUGAUCACCUCCCACAUGCUGCGGCGGGUGGCCAUGUGUGUGCUGUCCUCCCCACAAGGCAAGAGGCAGCAUCUGGCAGUCAGUCACGAGAAAGGGAAGAUGACCAUCCUUCAACUCAGUGCUCUCCUCAAGCAGGCAGACUCCAGCAAAAAGAAGCUGACACUGACUCGCCUGUCCUCUGCUCCUGUCCCAUUCACAGUUCUGUCCAUUACUGGAAACCCUUGCAAUGAGGAUUACCUGGCUGUUUGUGGCUUAAAGGACUGCCAUGUCAUGACAUUCACUAGUUCUGGAACAGUAGCUGACCACCUGGUCCUUCACCCAUCACUGGCCACUGGAAACUUCAUUAUUAAAGCCAUCUGGCUACCGGGAUCUCAGACUGAGCUGGCGAUAGUCACAGCGGAUUUUGUGAAGAUAUAUGACCUCGGAGUGGAUGCUAUUAGCCCUCAGUACUUCUUCCUGCUGCCGAGUGGCAAAAUCAGGGACGUGACCUUCAUAUUCAAUGACGAGAGUCGGGCUCUUGUUCUCAUGGCAUCAUCUGGUUAUAUCUACACACAGACCCUGGAGGAUUCUAGCUCGGCCAGGCAUGGCCCCUUCUACAUCACCAAUGUCAUGGAAGUGAAACAUGUAGAUCUCAAAGAUAUGAAUGGACAAGUAGCUGGUGGGGGUGUCUCUGUGUAUUACUCACAUGCACUGCAGCUCAUUUUCUUCAGCUACGCACAAGGCAAAAGCUUUGCUGCUCCAGUUGCCAAGGACCUGACAACAGUCACCAAUUUAUUUCCCAUCACCUUCAAGAGCUCAAAUGGAGGAGGCAAAGGCGGCAACUCUCAGCCCUUGGUGUCAUGGUCAGAAGUGCCCGGACACACAGGCCUGCUCUACUGCAUGGCCCAGACCACCAACAACCCUAUUGUGCUCAUGAUCAAGCCUGACGUCAUCAUGGUCCAGGAGAUUAAAGUGUUGCCCUCCAAAGCUAAGAUUCAAGAUGUUGUUGCUAUCCGGCAUCCAGCAUCAAACUCAGACCAGCAUCGUACUACUAUGAUACUUCUGUGUGAAGAUGGAAGCUUGAGAAUUUACAUGGCCAAUGUUGAAGCCACAAACUACUGGAUGUCACCCAGCCUCCAGCCUAAGAGUCCUAUUGCUGUACUGAAACCUGUGAAGAAGAAGAAGAUUGUCAAAUCUGGUCGACCAAGCAGUAGUAUUUCUUUUCCUGUUGAUUUCUUUGAGCAUUGUCAGCAUUCCAAUGAUGUAGAGUAUGGAGGGAAUGACAUUCUUCAAGUGUACAACACCCAGCAAGUGAAGAACAGGCUCAACACCACAGGCUUGUAUGUUGCAAGUACCAAGCCUACAGGAUUCACCAUAGACAUCACCAACACAAACACCACCACAGUCCCAGUCGGCGUUCGAGUCUUCGUCGGCUCACAGAGUGCAGAGAGAGCGCCAUCCUACAUUGUAGUGUUUGGAAGAACCACUCAUGUCCAGCUGAACUCAAGAGCUCGUUGGUAUGACAUACCUUUCACCAGAGAGGAGUCUCUUACUGCAGACAAGAAAUUCAGUAUUUUCUUUGGCUGCAGCAUGGAUCCAAAUGCUGUCACAAUGGUUGACUCUGUGAAAGUCUAUGUGAAAACCAAGGAAGCUUUUGGGUGGCCCGAAGAGCCAGAAGAUUUCCCAGAGCCAGCAACAACAUCUGCUGCAAAACUGGUCAACUCAUCCAAUGGCGUGACAGUCUCAGAAUUUGACAAUGUUCCAGCUGUACCGCUUCCUUUGACUGCUGCAGAUAGGUUGCUGGGCAGUGCUCUGGAAGUACUGGAUGGAGCAUUUGUGGUCACCAGCCCACAAGAUGAGAAGGAUCAAGCCAGAGAAAAGACCUUGAACCUGGCUACAUCUCUGCUGACACUGACCACCCCUGAACUUGUCCAGAUGCACACCAAGGCUCUGUUGGCAUCUUUGUUUCCUACAAAAACAGCUUAUCAUAACCACAAGGACCAGGCUCAGCUGAAGUAUGUCAUGUCCUGCCUGUCAUCUCCAGACGUCCCAGACCUAGACGUGGAAGCUUUCCAACACAUGUUGGUUACAGCUCGUUCUCUGUCGGUGUCUAGGCCGGCCAAUCUUGUGAAGUUUGCUGAGAACCAAGAGUCCAGUCAAAUUUUAGAGGUUGCAGAAAGUCAUGAAGAUGACCAGAAGGAACCUGUGAAGGAGAAAGUCUGUGUGCAAACUAUGUACUCACUGACAGAUUCAGAAAAGUUGCAUUUCACAUCCAAGCUGGUAGAUGCUUUUUGGAGACUGCAUGCAGCAAAACCUGCCAACCCUAUGCUGGCACCCGUCUGCUUGCCUGGUCUCACCAAUCUUGAUGUGACAGUGGGAGCUUUGGUGGAAGUCAUUCAUGCAUUCACCCUUUGUGAUACUGAGUGUGUUCAGUUGGCCACCAAACACUUUGUCCGCAUGUUGUUGUCACCGGACCCUGUAGUCAGCUUUUCUUGCAAACAAGCCCUGAUACGGGUACUGAGACCCAGACAUAAGAGACGGCGAGUCUAUAUACCCUCUCCCCCCCUGCUGACCCCUCAAGGAGAUGAAGCAGAUGAUGACAAUGAAGAAGACAAACAGAAUAAAGCAGAAUCCCCUUCCGCAUCACAUUUCCAUCCUCCUGGAGCCAACGAGCCACUUACUCCUCCUCCAGAACAGGACCAGGAGCCAGAAGCUGAUGAGUUAUAUGAGGUAGUGGAUCAUAAUCUAAUGCUUGAUGGUGGUGCUGGCCAGGCUAACGGGAUCCAAGGCUUGGAAGGACUUUGGGACUUGGGACCUAACUUUCCCCCAAUGGUGGAGAUUCCCCCUGAUGCAGACGAUGAGACCAUGGUAGAGUUGGCAAUAGCUCUCAGUCUUCAGGAACAGGGCGGUGGGCAGGUGGCACAGAUCCCCAGCAGCUUGGCUGGCCAGUUAGCCAGCAACCUUGGCAUCCACUUGGGAGAAGGUGCUGGCAACUUGGCUGUUCAAGGAAAUUCUAUAUCAGAAGCUGGCCAGGAGGACGAUGACCUUGAACUCGAAGAACAACCUCUUUCUGAUACAACAGCCUCUGCUCCUGCCAGUGAUGAUGAGAUUGGCAGUACAGCAGCCACUGAUGGUUCCACCCUGAGAACUUCGCCCGCAGAGCAAGGUGGUGGCAGUGGAGCUGGUUCCGAAAGUGGUGGAAGUGCAGUGGACUCUAUAUCUGCCACCAGUGGACGCAGUAGUUCCUAUGGCUUUCACACCACUGAAAGUUUCACGGCAGGAACCAGAAGUGAGGCUGUCAAUUACGGCACCUCAGCAUACCUAGCUCCCUGCAUGGACACAAAUGAACAAGACACUGACAUGACACAGAGACUUCACAGCUUGCGGCUCAGUAUUCUGGAGACUUUGUUAAGUUACAUCCCAGAAGUGCAGAAAGUUGGAGGAGUCAGAGCUAUUCCCUUCAUGCAGGUGCUUCUGAUUCUGACCACAGACCUUGAGGCAGAUGAAGAUAGAGACAAAGCAACACUGGAUCUGUUCCUCACUACAGUUAUAACAGAAUUGGACCUGUCUGGCAAUGACUUGGAACAAAUUGCUUGCCGCAGUGACCGCAAUGAGGUGAAGUUGAUCCUGCUUCGACUGGUCAGUGUACUGUUGUCCAGAUCAAGGUCGGGGUCAAAGUAUUCAAGUGAGUCAUCCUUCAUCAGUAGCAAGACGGCAUCUGCCCUGUUGCAGUCAGGCACAAUCCCCUACUGCUUGCAGGUGCUCAGGAGUUUGCUUCCCUACUGGAGGGACUACAAUGCUGAUGAGGAGGAUGCAUCAAAUGUCCCAGGUCAACUUUUGAAGCCACACCCAUCACAUGCCCCUCCUGACAUGUCACCUUUCUUCCUGCGUCAGUAUGUCAAAGGUCAUGCCAGUGACGUGUUCCAGGACUACCCACAGCUACUGACAGAGAUGGUGCUGCGGUUACCAUAUCAGUUGAAAAAGAUUGCUGAUGACCAAAAACUGCAUGGAUCAGUGUUUGAUACCAAAUGGCAUGAACUGCUGUCUGAGUAUAUGCUGACUCAGCAGACUUUGUCUGUGAAACGUCAAGUGAGGAAGCUUCUUCUGUUCAUUUGUGGCUCCAAAGAGAAAUACAGACAGCUGCGUGAUGACCAUACAAUCCAGUCCAACCUGAAGCAGAUGACAGAAACAUGCAAGAAGGGGGGCCUGGAAGGAGGAGUGGACAUGGCACCACAUAGUAUCAUACUGCCCUAUGAUACAUUGCUUACCAUGAUCGAACAUCUCAAAGUGGUUUGUGACAUUGCCUCUUCCAGACCAUACAACUGGCAACUCUACUGUCAUCUCAAACAAGAAACUCUGCCCUAUUUGAUGCAAGCAAGCAUCCUUCUGGAUGAAGGUGUUGCACCAACACUGCUACAGCUCUUGCAGUGUGCUAUUUGUGGAGUUAAAGGUCAUGGCCACAGUCAAGGCAGUGCAUCCGGUAGCUCCUCAACCUCUCCAGUUAAACUUCGAGGGAAGAAAGAAAAGGACUCAGUCAAGAUCAAAAUGGAUGAUUUAGAUUCAAGUGGCGUGUUCAAGAAAGGAGAGGAAGGCAGUAGACCCUUUGAUGAUAGUUUGUGUCAGGAGCUGGUGAGGCAGCUGAACACAACACUGGACAGAAACCUCUUUAUCAAAUUUAUCAGGACAUACCUUUUGGACUCCAAUUCCUCAAGUAACAGAUGGAUGGCUCAUGGACUUGUGCUACAGAUCUACAGAAACUCAAGCCAAGAGGAACAGCAAGACCUGCUGGGUUCACUGUGGGGCCUAUGGCAGGAAGUGCCGGUGUUUGGGCGGAAGGCUGCACAGUUUGUGGAUCUUCUAGGCUACUUCUUACUGAAGACACCUGGACUAGCAGACAAGAAAGUGUCAGAGUAUUUGCAGAAGGUAGUGUCACUUCUGAAGGAUGAAAACCACAUCCUGGUCCAUCAUCCAAAUGCUAUAAUAUAUAACAUGUUACAGGGCCUUGUAGACUUUGAUGGCUACUACCUUGAGAGUGACCCCUGUCUAGUCUGCAAUAACCCAGAGGUGCCUUUCCAGACUCUGAAGCUGUCUGCUGUGAAAGUUGACUCCAAGUUUACUACAACCACCCAGAUAGUCAAACUUGUAGGCAGUCACACUAUUUCCAAAAUAUCUCUACGAAUCAGUGAUCUCAAGAGAACUAAAAUGGUUCAGACUCUAAACUUCUACUACAACAACCGCUCAGUUCAGGCUGUGGUGGAGUUGAGAAACAGACCUGGACUGUGGCAUAAAGCUCGUAAGGUCAGGCUGACUUCAGGUCAAACAGAGGUCAAGGUAGAGUUCCCCAUUCCCAUAGUGGCCUGUAACCUGAUGAUUGAGUAUGCUGACUUCUACGACAAUCUACAAGCAACAGCAGAGACCCUGCAAUGCCCUCGAUGCAGUGCCAGCGUGCCUGCAUCUCCAGGAGUUUGUGGCAACUGUGGGGAGAAUGUGUACCAGUGUCACAAGUGCAGUGGAUUGAAAGAUCCGUUCCUGUGCAACUCUUGUGGCUUCUGUAAGUAUGCCAAGUUUGACUUCACACUUCUGGCCAAGCCCUGCUGUGCGGUGGAUCCAAUUGAAAAUGAGGAAGAUAGGAAAAAGGCCAUUUCAAGUAUCAAUUCCUUGUUGGAGAAAGCUGACCGCAUCUACAAACAGCUUCAGUUGCACAGGCCAGUGUUGGAGAGUCUGUUGAUUCAAGUGGCUGAACACGGCUCAGAUAGACCACUCACUGGUGGGAAGGAGGCAAAUGGAGCAGCAGGGGCUGUCCCAGUGAGCAGUGUUAACAAAGCCAUUCAGCUGCUGGCACAAAAGUACUGUGGAGAAUGCAAGGCUGCUUUUGAUGAACUCAGCAAGAUCAUCCAGAAAGUAAUGGCUUGUCGGCGAGAACUUGUCGAAUAUGAUCAGCAACAGAGGGAAGCAGUGGCUGCCAAAGGACAAGUGCCUGUGCCUACAGGAAUAAAGCCCAAGCUGAGUGAUCAGGAUACCAAGAGAUGCAAAGCAGGCCCCGUGGUCAGGGAAAAGAAGGAGGGGCUGAAAACCGGCAACUGUUAUGGUUGUGCUAGUGCUGCAGUGGAGCAUUGCAUCACUUUGCUGAGAGCUUUGGUGACCAACUCUGACAUGAGGCAGAUUUUGUGUAGCCAGGGUAUGAUCCAGCAGCUGAUCGACUACAACCUGCGUCAUGGGGCCCUGUCAGUACGCAAUGAAGUUCGUACUUUACUGUGUUUGCUGACUCGUGACAACCGCCGGGGUACUGAAGAGAUGAACAACUUGGUCAUGACUCGGAUUACAGCUGCCAUCAAAGGGCACCAGUCCAAUCCAGAUUUGGGCUCCUCUGUGAGACAUGAGAUCAUGUUACUGGCUGCUUCUCUGCAUCAAGAUGAUUCUUGUUGGGAACAGAGAACUCGAUGCGUGAUGCGCCUGUUUUUGAUGGGGAUGCAGAUGCGCAACCCUGUGAUCAUGGAGUCCAUUACUCUGCCGUGUCUGAGAAUCUUGCAGGGUCUGGUCAAACAUGAUCUCAUUAUCAGUGGAAAGAAAAAGGAUGGAGAGAAAGCUGGCACUGACUCAAUGCCAGCAAAGUUUCAUAUGGAUGUGAAGAAGUGGCUAGCAGGAGACUCCAGAUACUCUUACCAGAAUUGGAAGAAGCGACUCCCUAGACCAACAGGUCACUCAGAGGUCAACACUGGGGAAAAGAAGUCUCAGGAGGCAGUGAAGAAGCCGGACGUCCAUGCGGAAUAUUUGAUGGAGAAAUACGCCAAUCGCUGGAAGCAGAACAUGUGGAAGGUGCCAGCUGUGACACUGAAACUGACUCAGACCACCUGGUUACAACAGGCAAUGUUCUCACCAAGCUCUAGGUCAGCUAGACAGACAGCAUGCAGUGUCAUUGAAGCCAUUUCCCAGGUUUUCAGCAGACGCAAGGAAGUUAUAGACAUGCUGACCAGCUGUCUGGAUGAAGUCGGUCGGAGUGGGGAGUGUGCCACAGAGUUCCUUGGUCUUUACAAACGCUUGAUCGGUCAGGACAAGUGGAAGUUUUACCUGGCCAUCAAGGGAGUUAUGCUGCACCUUGCUGACCUGAUAACUAAGGAAGUGGACCAUCUGCAGUACCUAGAGGAGACCACUCUCAGCUCAGACUUGGCCCAGGGCUUUGCUCUGAAAUCUUUAACAG